AUGAACAGUCAAUGCAAAGCAUAUGCCAAGGAGGUUGAAAUGUUGAAAGGACAAGUGAGGAAGCAAGCAGUGGUAAAAAAAUCGGCGGAGAAAAUUCUUCUUAUCAACACACUUGAACGUCUUGGUGUAUCUUAUCAUUUUGAAGAGGAGAUUGAAGAGCUUCUUCAAUUAGUGUUUGCUAAUUUUCAAGACGACAGUAUUGAUGACUCGAUUUGUUCACUACUUCAGUUCAGUUUCGUGUAUUCAGACAACAUGGGUGUAUUCAACAAAUUUAAAGACAUGGACGGGAAAUUCAAGGAGUCCUUAAUUCAGGAUGUGACAGGAAUGCUGAGCUUCUCUUGCUUUUUGCAAAACCCACCUCCUUUGAUGCUACCAAGUUUAAACCCUAACCUUGCAAACCAAGUAAAACGUGCUUUGCAUCGUUGCCUCCAUAGGAGCAUGCCUAGAUUGGAAGCACGACACUACAUAUCAUUCUACGAAAAGGAUCCUUCAAGGGAUGAACUAUUACUCAGGUUUGCCAAGGUGGAUUACAAUCUACUGCAGCUAUUGCACAAACAAGAAAUUUGUGAUGUCUCAAGGUGGUGGAAUGAAAUGGAAAUUCCUACUAAACUUCCUUAUGCAAGAAAUAGGCCAACUGAGUGUUAUUUUUGGAGUUCAUUUGCCUAUUUUGAGCCGCAUUACUCAUUUGCACGGGUAAUUCUAGCUAAAGUAAUCAUGGUGAUGACGCUUCUAGAUGAUACCUAUGAUGCAUAUGGUACAUUUGAAGAAUUGAAACAAUUUACUAAUGCUAUUUGGGCGCUUGCCAAUUUGCACGGGGAGUUAGAGGUUCCACUGGCUACACAAGGAAGGUCUUAUUGUGUUGACCGUUUAAGACAAAGAUUCAAAGAUCUAGCUAGAGCUUAUGAGCUGGAGAUCAAAUGGGUCGAGGAUGGCUAUGCGCCAACAAUGGAAGAGUACUUUGCCAAUGGGAUAGCAACCAGCACGGGCACCUUGCUCCUUGCUUCAUUUGUAGGCAUUGGAGAAUUUGCAAAAGUCGAUGCAUUUGACUGGCUGCAUGCUAAUCCAAGAAUCGCGGUUGCUUGUGCCAUAGUUGGUCGCCUCAUCAAUGACUUAGCAAGCAGUGAGAGAGAGCAAGAAAGGGGACAUAUUGCUGGUGCGCUUGAAUGCUAUAUGAAGGAGUUUAGCCUUUCAAAGCAGGAUGCCAUUGACGAAAUAAAUAGAAGGAUAGAUGAUGGAUGGAAGGAUAUUAAUGAAGAAAUCCUUAGGCCAACAUGGUCUCCAUGCAUCUGCUUAUGA